UUUCAAGUUGCAUUUUGUUGAUAUUGCUUAUUUUUGAUCCUGCCUACGAAGCUCUAGAAAUCGGCCAUGAUGGACAUUUCGAAAAUGUGCCGCGUUUGCAGGGACGAAUCCGACUGCCUGUUGGAUAUAUUUACAGAGCCAUGUGCCUCCAAUCGGGUCCAGGAGCCGGAGCCGGUCUUGGCAACAAUGCUGAGGGAAUGCAGCGGAUGCAGCGUGGACAAGGAGGACGGAAUGCCACAGUUCAUCUGCGUGGAGUGUGCGGAGGCCGUAAGAAAUGCCUAUCGGCUAAGACGGCAAUGCCGAAAGAGCCAUCAGUACUUUGACCAGCUGCGGCUGAUGAUGAAGGAGCUGGACGAUAUAGAGUAUUGCCUGAAUAUAAAGGAUAGCAUUGAGCCACAGAUGCCGGUCUCGGUAAUUAAAGGUGGUGCAACGUCGGAUACAUCCGAACCUCAUGGCCGGGAACCUCUUUUAGUUGAGCUUGUACAGGUUAAGUACAUGUCUCCAGAGCCGCAGCCAAUGCCUUCUCCUCUUCCAGACAACAAUGAGCAUGAGCUCGCGCAAAGUGAUGCUCCAAUAAAGACGCCAGACAAUAAGUCCAAGAGGAGGGCGAGAUCCUACUCGGAUAAUGACUCAUGGAGCCCGGAUAGUGACCUUGACCACGAAGAUGAUGAUAAAACCUGGAACGCCUCAAUACGGGGCAAACCGAAAAGGGGUCGCGGACCAUAUCGGUGCAAGCUCUGCAAACAGUCGUUCAUCCAAAAACAAAACCUAGUUAUUCACAUGCGCGUACAUACUGGCGAGCGACCCUACAAGUGCUCCCUAUGUCCGCGAUCCUUUGCCCAGAAGGGCAACCUGCAGAGCCACACACGCUGUCACACCGGCGAGCGUCCCUUCGGUUGUCCGAACUGCCCCAAGCGCUUCCGGCAAUUCGGUCAACUGCAAGUCCACACCCGGACUCAUACUGGUGAACAGCCCUUCAAAUGUUCCAUUUGCCAGCAAAGGUUCAAGCAACUAAACGGCCUACAGAGACAUAUGACAACACACACGGGAGAGAAGACACGGACGAGCAGCCAAGAAACAAAAAGAAAUAAGCUUAAGUAGUUGAGAGUUGAGUUGAGUAGUUUAAGAGAUUUGUUAAAGAUAAUUUCCUAUC